AUGUCAACCAUCAACAUAGAUGCUGAAAGUGAAGUUGGCCAAAGAGUGAAAGCCUCCAUAAGUGAUAUGCUGAAGGCAAUCAACUUCAGCGAUGACAUCGAAUACGUUGCUGAGUUCAUUGUUGUGCUCAUUUCUAACGGGCGCACUCCAGAGGAAAUCACCCAGGAACUAUCUGCUUUGUUUGGUGAUGCUAUUACUUUGGGAUUUGUGAAUGACGUGUUUGCCGGUAUAAGAUCUUUGCAAGGCGAACAGCCGAAAGAAACUCCAGCCUUCACGGCUCCGUUUACGUCACAAGAGCAACAUGAAGACACUACAAUGCAAGAGGAUUCGCAGCCAGCCGCAAGACAGGAAGUGAGGUUUGACCAGACACCAGAUAUUGUUGGCCUUCCCUCUCAACCACGUGUGUAUGCGAGCAGAAGUAAUGCCGGUGUCGCCAAGGCUGGGCUCAAGACCAGAGGCUCGUCGCGUGGCGGGUUUGCUUUGAAGAGUGGAGCCAAUUUUGAGAGAGCCGUGGGAUUGUCCGUGGACAGCAAUAUGGGAGAUAACACCAACCUUGGUUUUGGUCAGCAAAAAAGAAGUCGUUGUCAAGCCUUCCCUCAUUGUCCAAACAGAGUGUGCCCCAAUAUCCACCCUACGAGAAUCUGUUUUGCCUUUCCAAACUGCCCGAACCCCCCAGGAACAUGUGGUUAUUUGCACCCAGGUGAAGAUGAUCAGCUAGUCCAGGAAUGGGAACAGGUCAAACAGGCCAGGCAACAACAGCAGCAAGACCGUCCUCCCAAGUUCAGCAAAGCCAAGAUCAUAGAGGAGGUGAAAAGAGCUACUCAAGGAAUCUCUUUGUGUAAGUUUGCCAGUGUUUGCCAAAAGGAACUGUGUCCCUUUGGCCAUCCUACACCUGCGAACAAAACUGCCAAGGUGUUGACUUUUGAAUGGUGCCCAGCCAAUAAGGAGUGUUCGGACCCGGCUUGUACGAAAGCGCAUCCAUCGCCCAACUACCAACCCGUUGAAGAAACAAGGCCCCAGAAGUUUGCUCCAAGCUUAGAAAGCUGCAGGUUCGGUUCUCACUGUACGAAUUACAACUGUACGCGUCGCCAUGCCACGAGUCCUGUUCUUUGCCGUGAUGGUAGCGAAUGUACGAGAUUGGACUGUUACUUCACGCAUCCCCUGGAAGAAGAAUGCCGUUUUGGCAUCAACUGUAAAAAUGCUAAGUGUGCAUUUAAGCAUCCUGAGGGCAGAGUUCUUCCAGCUCCGAAGCCAUCGGUCUGGGUCAAAGACGGCACGAGCGAUAGAGCGUUUGCAGUUCCAGAGGAUCAGGUGAUGGAGCAUGCUCCAGUGCAAGAGGCAUAA